GAACGUAGCUCUCAGGGCUAGGGCUGCGACUUGCCUGGAGUGUAGAGCGCUACAACCGAGUGGCCCUUGGGGGCUUGCCUACUUGCUGACGGCUACCCCGGCGCCUAAGACCUCUGGGCUGGCAUACAACUGGAGGUCCAAGGAAGCAGUUCCACCCCUUUCCUCUCCUCAGCCCUGGCAGGGUGAGGGUGGUAAAUUUCUCCUCUACACAGUCCUGUAGGCUUCUUCACAUACCCCACCAGGACCAUUCUCUCUCCUGGAAUUGGUUGUUCUUCCAAAGAAAUAGAAGUCCAGAGUCCUCGAGAUUUAUGGUUUACCAACCCCCUCAAGACAUACAUGGAUGGAUAAAAGGAGCUGACCCUAAUCUUCCACUCUGGGACCAUCUUCUCUUGGGCUAUGGAGAAAACCUUGUUACCCCUGACUAUGACAUCUGACCCAAGGCCCUUUAAUCAACAACUCCCAGAGCCUCCAGACAGAAGAUGUGUCUUGGAACCCCAGGACAACCUUGAACUGGCACCUGCCCUGGUGUGUGUCCUUUGCUGCUGCUUUGGAAUCGUCUACUGCUGCUUCGGCUACCGCUGCUUCAAGGCAGUCAUGUUUCUCUCGGGCCUGCUGUCUGGAGCUCUGGUGAUCUUCCUGCUGUGCCACAAGGAGCGGGUACUGGAAACACAGUUGAGCCUGGAGGUGAGCGCGGGCAUCGCGCUGGGUAUCGGACUCCUCUGCGGUCUUGUCACCAUGCUGGUUCGCAGUGUCGGGCUCUUCCUGAUUGGUCUCUUGCUAGGUUUUACCCUGGGCGCUGGGGCAUUACUGGGCACUGAGUCCAUCUACCAACCACCUUCAGCCUGGGUGCCAGCCGGUGGGCUGAUGGGGCUGGCGCUGCUGGGAGCUCUGUUCACACUUCGGUGGCCACGUCCAUUCACAGUCCUGGGCACAGCCCUGCUGGGUGCUGCGGUGCUGGUGGCCUGUGCUGACUACUUCGUGGAAGGGCUGGCACUCGGUACUCGACUGGGUGAACGCCUGCAGGCACUUCCAGCCUUGCUUCCUCUUUGCUGGUAUAGCUGGGUCUUACUGGGGACCUGGCCAGCCUUGGGGGCUCUUGGGGCCCUGGCCCAGUGGAAACUCAUGGCUGAGGAGCGUGGAGGCCGUGCCAAUGGUUGGUAUUCAGGACCUAAAGAAGCCUCUUUGAAUCUGUAUCACCUCCUCCCAGUGGUCUUGAGCCACCAGCGAAGGCAUCUCCAACUCCUUCGGAUCCACCAGCAAGAGGCCAAGUGGCAUCGGACCCCCUCUGGGGUGGGACUGUGUGAGGGCAGUUGUCAGAGCCAGUUUCCCCCCAAUAUCCGGAGCCCUGCUGACAGCCUGGCUCCAAGUUAUCUCCAGAGUCUUCGAGAGUGCCAAAUGGGACCAAGCACCCAAGCCACAGCACCCCCCACCACCAUCCUGGACCUGGAUUCUAACUGUAGUUACAAUGUCUUCCUCACCACACCCCCUCACUCUGCCCAGACCUGAGCCUAAGCCUCCAUUGAUGCCCCUACUUCUAGUGAGGGCAGGGGAUUGCUACAUAGAUAGCAAUCCAUGAGCCCACAGGACCCACACAAAAACUGCCCCCCCUCUUUGGACUUUGGCAUAGGUUCUCUGCCCAGAACAGCCCUGUAGAGACAGGCAGAGAGGGCUCUUAUAGGGAUGGGGGAAGAACGGAAGUGCCUGCCUCUGCCCAUUAAUAGCAAUGCUCUGGUCCUAGAGACAGACUCUAAACCAAGGAGGACCCUUGCCCAAAAUAGCUUUUUUUCUGCAAUGCUCAGAUGCAACCUAGGGUGUUGCCCAUAGUAGGCAAGCAGUCUACCACUGAACUACAUUCCCUAUUCUCAAACACCCUUUUAAAUAUGUCUCAGAGUUCCUCACAAUAGUAAAAUAAGAGGCUUUAUUGCAGAAUCUAUAGAAAAUCAGGGCGCCCCCCUAAGGCAUUUAAUAGGGUUUUUUUUUUAAUGAGAAUGGCACAGAAGAGCUCCAGGAGACCCCCAGUCCCUGGGCUCCUUAUCAGGGAGUAAUUGGGUUUCUGAUUGACCUUUCCCCCCUGGACCCCAUAGGCCUGAGUCCCCUUCUACCUCAGUGAGGGGGCACCAUUCUCCAUGGUGCUUUCCUUUCUCUCAGUGGGGGAAAGACCACAGCAUCUGCCUCAUGAUCCAUGUCCCCCAAAUCUGGCUUCUUGCUCCAAGAAGACAGCCAUCGGCCCACCUGCCUGAGUCUUACCUUUUUGCUCAGAGGAGCCUGGUCAUCAGGGCUGCAAGUAGACAAGUGCCUUUUCUGCCUCUCACUGUGGAUAAUAAUAGUUUCCUUGAAGACCAGAAUUUUCUUUUUUUUUUCUUUUUUCUUGGGGGGGGGUUCUUUUUGAGAUGGCCUCCCUCUGUAGCCCAGCUGAACUUGAUGUGUAAAUCAGGCUGGCCUAGACCUCACAGAAAUCCACCUGCCUCUGCCUCCAGAGUGCUGGGACUAACAGUGUACACUACUAAACCCAGCUUUCUAAACCAGAAUUUUGAUCCAGCCACCCAUUCUAACUCUCCCUCUGCUGACUCUCCUAAGGAAGGUCUGUUCCCUAAUUUUCCAGACAACCUGAAGGAAGACAUAUCCCUCCCCUGAGCAGCAAAACUGUAAUGGGAGUGAGGAAGAAUGUGGGAACCUGGGAAUAAAAUGGCACUGAUGAUUCAACCAGGAA